AGUCGGCUCCGGAGAGCGAGGGCGAGGGCGAGCGCAGGCGGCUUGCCCGCGGAGAGGAGGGAGCCGGGCCAGGACUAGGAGGUAGCCGGCGGGGCGCAGGCGAGGCGGGCACCCGGCGCGCGCACUUUCCCGCAAAGUGCCAACUACCCGGGAGAGAGUUCCGGCCGCUCACCUUCUGGGCGCCGGGGAAAGUCAGCGGGAAUUUGAGAUUUUAGGAAAGAAGGUCCGAUCCCCCGUCCCCUGUCCCUUGUUACUUAUCCCCAUUAAAAAGAGAAACAACAAGAAUAACAGCAAACUUGCUCUAGUCCCGUCUGUCCCCCCACUCCUGGCACCAUGAAGGCGGCCGUCGAUCUCAAACCGACUCUCACAAUCAUCAAGACGGAAAAAGUGGAUCUGGAGCUUUUCCCAUCCCCGGAUAUGGAAUGUGCAGAUGUUCCACUCUUAACUCCAAGCAGCAAAGAAAUGAUGUCUCAAGCCUUGAAAGCUACUUUCAGUGGUUUCUCUAAAGAACAGCAACGCCUGGGAAUUCCAAAAGACCCCCGGCAGUGGACAGAGACCCAUGUUCGGGACUGGGUGAUGUGGGCCGUCAAUGAGUUCAGCCUAAAGGGUGUGGACUUCCAGAAGUUCUGUAUGAACGGGGCAGCCCUCUGCGCGCUGGGGAAAGACUGCUUUCUCGAGCUGGCUCCAGACUUCGUUGGGGACAUCUUGUGGGAGCAUCUGGAGAUCCUGCAGAAAGAGGAUGUGAAGCCGUACCAAGUUAAUGGAGUCAACCCUCCCUACCCAGAGUCGCGCUAUACCUCGGAUUACUUCAUUAGCUACGGUAUCGAGCAUGCCCAGUGUGUCCCUCCGUCGGAGUUUUCCGAGCCCAGCUUCAUUACAGAGUCCUACCAGACCCUCCAUCCCAUCAGCUCGGAGGAGCUCCUCUCCCUCAAGUAUGAGAACGACUACCCCUCGGUCAUCCUCCGGGACCCUCUGCAGACGGACACCUUGCAGACUGACUACUUUGCCAUCAAACAAGAAGUGGUGACCCCAGACAACAUGUGCAUGGGGAGGACCAGUCGUGGCAAGCUCGGGGGCCAGGACUCCUUUGAGAGCAUAGAGAGCUACGAUAGCUGCGACCGCCUCACGCAGUCCUGGAGCAGCCAGUCAUCCUUCAACAGCCUGCAGCGCGUCCCGUCCUACGACAGCUUCGACUCAGAGGACUACCCAGCCGCCCUGCCCAACCACAAGCCCAAGGGCACCUUCAAAGACUAUGUGCGUGACCGUGCUGACCUCAACAAGGACAAGCCUGUCAUCCCUGCUGCGGCCCUGGCUGGCUACACAGGCAGUGGACCAAUCCAGCUGUGGCAGUUUCUUCUGGAAUUACUCACCGAUAAAUCCUGUCAGUCUUUUAUCAGCUGGACUGGAGAUGGCUGGGAAUUCAAGCUUUCUGACCCAGAUGAGGUGGCCAGGAGAUGGGGAAAAAGGAAAAACAAACCUAAGAUGAAUUAUGAGAAACUGAGCCGUGGCCUUCGCUACUAUUAUGACAAAAACAUCAUCCACAAGACGGCGGGGAAACGCUAUGUGUACCGUUUUGUGUGUGACCUGCAGAGCCUCCUGGGGUACACGCCCGAGGAGCUGCACGCCAUGCUGGAUGUCAAGCCCGACGCCGAUGAGUGAUGGACACCAAGGGGCCGGAGAAACUCAGCCGAGACAUUUCAAAGAACAACCAUGUUGGUCGGACUCUUGAUUUUUAAUUGUUAUUCUAUUUUUAAUUUUCCAGAACUCAUUGUUUUACAUUCAGGGGUGGGGGCUAAGUAAGCUGCAGCUAUAAUCAAUUGUUCGCCGUUGGAAGAGGAGAGCCAGGACUUGUGGGGUGGGCGGGACGGGAAAUUCUUGAGCUGAUUUUCAGGAGAGAGACAAGGGCCUUCUUAGAAGCUUGAAUGAUCUGGCUUAAGGGAGGAAGAGACUAACGUGUCCACACAAUCAUUUUUUUAAAAAAAAUCAUCCACAAAAAAAUAAUGUGUCUUGAGUUACGGACCUAUUAGCAAAAGAAAUUGAUGCAUCAGGAGUCAUGAGACUAAUAAAAGGCAAUUAAUUUCCUUUUGUUGUUAGGUCUGGGAGGGCGAAAGAGAGGGAGGUGGGGUAAAGCCUUUUUUUGGGGGAUGCACUAAAAACCAAGGACUAUUUACCUUUUAUUCUACUUUCCAAACAAAGAUGGACUUCAGUGGGGAGGGACCAAAACUGUUUUUGUGUUAAAAUUUAUUCUAUUAAAUUUUGUGCCAGUA